AUGGCCUGGGGCCGUGGGGCCACAGUCAGCCUGGUCUUGUUGGGGCUGGGGCUGGUGCUGGCCAUCACUGUGCUGGCUGUGGUCUUCUCCCACAACCAGGCCCCUUGUGGCCCCCAGGCCUUUGCCCACGCUGCCGUAGCCGCUGACUCCAAGGUCUGCUCAGACAUUGGCCGAGCCAUCCUACAGCAGCAGGGCUCGCCCGUGGAUGCCACCAUCGCAGCUCUGGUCUGUACCGGUGUCGUCAACCCUCAGAGCAUGGGCCUGGGCGGAGGGGUUAUCUUCACCAUCUACAAUGCGACCACAGGGAAGGUGGAGGUCAUCAACGCCCGGGAGACGGUGCCGGCCAGCCAUUCCCCGGGCCUGCUGGACCAGUGUGAGCAGGCCCUGCCGCUGGGCACAGGAGCCCAGUGGAUUGGGGUGCCCGGGGAGCUCCGUGGCUACGCUGAGGCCCACCGCCGCCACGGCCGCCUGCCCUGGGUGCAGCUCUUCCAGCCCACCAUCUCGCUGCUCCGCGGGGACUACCGCACACCCCUCGUCCUCAGCCAGUUCCUGAACAGCAGCUUCCUGCGGCCUUCCUUGCACGCGUCGACACUGAGGCAGCUCUUCUUCAAUGGGACAGAACCCCUGAGGCCUCAGGACCCACUGCUGUGGCCUGCGCUGGCCACUACACUGGAGACUGUGGCCAUGGAGGGCCCGGAAGCCUUCUACACAGGGAGGCUGGGCCAGAUGCUGGUGGAGGACAUUGCCAAGGAAGGGAGCCAGCUGACCCUGCAGGACCUGGCCACCUUCCAGCCCGAGGUGGUGGAUGCCCUGAAAGUGCCCCUGGGGGACUACACCCUGUACUCGCCGCCACCGCCUGCAGGGGGCGCCAUUCUCAGCUUCAUCCUCAAUGUGCUGCGAGGAUUCAACUUCUCAGCAGAGUCGGUGGCCAGGCCGGAAGGGAGUGUGAACCUGUACCAUCACCUGGUAGAGACACUCAAGUUUGCUGGGGGGCAGAAGUGGCGGCUGUUGGACCCUCGUAGCCACCUGGAGUUCCAGAGCGCCUACCAGGACCUGCUGGGGGAGGCUCUGGCCCAGCACAUCCGCCAGCAGAUCGAUGGCCGGGGUGACCACCCACUCAGCCACUACAGCUUGGCCGGGGCCCAAGGCCACAGGAUGGGCACGUCCCAUGUGUCUGUGCUAGGGGAGGAUGGCAGCGCCGUGGCUGCCACCAGCACCAUCAACACGCCCUUCGGAGCAAUGGUGUACUCACCACGGACGGGCGUCCUCCUCAACAACGAGCUCCUUGACUUGUGCUGGAGAAGCCUGCCGGGCUCCAGUGUCACCCCACGACCCGCGGUGAGUGAAGGUGGGGUAGGUGGCGCCCCCGGAAGGUGCUGGCACCCAGUUCCAGGCGAGCGGCCCCCGUCCUCCAUGGUACCCUCCAUCUUGGUCAACGAAGCCCAGGGGUCGAAGCUGGUGAUUGGUGGGGCUGGGGGGGACCUCAUCAUCUCUGCUGUGGCCCAGACCAUCAUGAACAAGCUGUGGCUUGGCCUUGACCUGAGAGCAGCUGUUGCAGCCCCCAUCCUGCAUGUUGAUGGCAAGGGCCAUGUGGAAUACGAGCCCAGCUUCAGCCAGGAGGUGCAGAAGGGGCUCCGAGACCGCGGCCAGAACCAGGCCAGGAGGCUCUUUUUCCUGAACGUGGUCCAGGCUGUGUCCCAGGAGGGGACCUGUGUGUACGCUGCGUCAGACUUGAGGAAGGGCGGGGAGGCCACGGGCUACUGAGG